AUGGUUAAGAAUCUUAGAAGAUCAAAUCUCUUGUUGGAUAGCAACGAGAAGGAAUGUGUCAAAAUGCAUGAUCUUGUACGAGAUGUUGCUAUAUCAAUUGCAUCCAGAGACGAAAAUGGUUUUAUGGUAGUGUUGCACAAAGGACUUGAAGAAUGGCCACAUAAGGAUAGAUAUGACAGGUACACCGCAAUUUCUCUUUUACUUGGUGAAAUGAAACGGCAUCCUACUGAAUUGAAGUGUCCCAAACUUCAGCUUUUGCAACUAUUAUGUUUGAACCUUUCAAAAACAUUCCCAUACAAUUUAUUUGACGGGAUGAAGGAGCUGAAGAUGUUGUGUUUGCAAAAUAGUUGCUUCACCUUGCCAACGUUGCCACCAUCAAUCCAAAUCCUCCAAAACCUUCAGAUGUUGAAUCUGCAGCAUUGUAGCUUAGGAGAUGUGUCGGUAAUUGGAACCCUUGGAAACCUAGAAAUUCUUGGCUUUCCUGACUCCGAUAUCGAGGAGUUGCCGUCGGAAAUAGGAAAUCUUAGUCGAUUAAAGUUACUUGAUAUGAAGGAAUGUGUUUUUCUAAAGCAAAUUGCAGCUGGUGUAUUAUCUAAUUUAUCUUGA